AUGGUGGCAGAAGCUGAGAUUGUUUGUCGGCCGGCCGUGGCCGUUCAGUACCUCUGCGUUCCGUCUCCGCCGUCGCCGAAGACGGAUGCGAAAUUCUUCGACACCUCACCGGCGGCGGCUUCUGCGCCGAUCUCGAUUGACCUCUCUCGCAUUGAUUCGGCUCUGAGCUGCUCGACCAGCACACAGACCCCAAUCCGGAAAGUUGCCCCGAAGAUCUGCUCGGGCAGCCACACCGACAUCGGACCCCGCAGCUCAAACGAGGAUCAGCAUAUUCGCAUUGAUGACCUGCCUGCCCACCUGGGCUCUUCCCUCCUCGGCUGGCCCUGGCCCUGGCCCGCCUCCUUCUAUGCAGUGUUCGACGGUCACGGCGGGCCCGAUGCUGCCCUCUACAUGAAGAACAACGCCACCAGAUUCUUCUUCGAGGAGGCCCAGUUGCCCCAAGCCCCAUCCACAGACGAUAUUGACGAAAAAAAGCAGUUUCUGCAAGAUCUCGAGACAUCCCAUCGUGGGUCGUUCCUGGCUGCCGACCAGGCUCUGUCAAACGAGACGGGCCCAGUCGACCCGUACUGUGGGACCACAGCCCUCACGGCGCUCAUCCUCGGACGGAACCUUCUCAUAGCCAAUGUGGGAGACUGCCGAGCUGUGCUGUGCCGGAAUGGGAAUGCUGUCCAGCUGUCACGGGACCACAGGCCUUCUUGCCAGGUCGAGCGGAGGCGUGUUGAGGAUUUGGGCGGGAAGAUCGAGUAUGGGUACCUGAAUGGGGACUUGGCUGUGACCCGGGCACUCGGGGACUGGUACAUGAAGCUCCCGUUGGGGUCGGCCUCACCCCUGACGGCUGAGCCCGAGUUUGGGUUGACUUUGUUGACUGAGGAUGACGAGUUCCUGAUCAUCGGGUGUGAUGGGAUCUGGGAUGUGAUGUCGAACCAGGAGGCUGUUUGUGUGGUGAGGGAGGAGCUUGGCCGAUGCCGGGACCCAAAUGUGUGUGCGCAGGAGCUUGUGAACCAGGCGCUGAUGCGGGAUUCGUGCGAUAACGUGACAGCUGUCGUCGUUUGUUUCUCGUCCUCGAACUCGUCGUGGGAUUCGACUACUUGUUCGCGAAGGUCGAGGUUUAGGUUCUGCAUGUCGGAGGAGGCACGAAGCAAGCUGAGGAGCUUAUUGGAAUGCAAUAACAAUCAAUGA